ACACCUCAAAAUAUGGCAGAAGUGAAGGUGAUUGGAUCUUGGUCUAGCCCAUAUACGAGGAAAGUAGAAAUGGCUCUCAAAAUGAAAGGUGUGGAAUAUGAUUAUAUCGAAGAGGAUCUUAAAAACAAAUCACCUCUUCUUCUACAACACAAUCCAAUUCACAAAAAAGUGCCAGUUUUGCUACACAAUGGCAAACCUAUUGUUGAAUCAAUGGUGAUUCUUGAAUACAUAGAUGAGGUGUGGGAGGGUCCAGCCAUUCUACCCAAAGAUCCUUACGAUAGAGCCAUGGCUCGUUUCUGGGUCAAGUUCAUCGAUGACAAGUGCAUACCGCCGAUGUGGAAAGCAUGUUGGAGUGUAGGAGAGGAGCAAGAGAAGUUGAAGGAGGAAGCAAAACAAGGCCUCAAAUUUCUAGAAAAUGAAAUCAAGGGGAAAAAGUUAUUUGGUGGUGACAAUAUUGGGAUAGUAGAUCAUGCUGCAAAUUUCAUUGCCUAUUGGUUUCCUAUAACUGCAGAUUUUGUGGGACUCCAACGACUCAUGACAGAGGAGGAAUUUCCCAAUCUAUACAGAUGGGCAGAUGAUUAUUGUAGUCACACUUUUGUCAAGGAAAAUUUACCUGACAAAGAUGGUUACAUUGCCAUAUUGAAGUCCAGAUAUAGAUCGAUCAUUAUAUGGCACUAUUUAUCACUAAUAAACUAUGUAACAUUUCUCGUACGUAGUCCACAUGCAUUUCCUAUAUACGAGUAUGAAUUCAAAUAA